ACAUAAUUCAGAGGACUUUAACACGGAAGAGGACACAGAAUCUUGUUUACCAUGUCAGAGUUCAGUUAUAUGUGUGUUCCACGGACUAUUCCAUACAAGUACAAAACAAUUACCCAAGUCUUCAGGGAAAUCACAACGUCAUUUCCAAACAAAGAAAUUAUCAUUAAUCGAGGCAUUGAGGGAAAUCGGGAAAGCCUGACUUGUCGUCAACUUCAGUCCCAGGCAACAAAGUUAGCAGGUUAUCUCGUUAUGAAAGGAAUUAAAAAAGGAGAUAAAAUUGCUCUCUCUGGACCCAACACUUUAGAAUGGGUGAUUGCAGAAUUAGCGAUAAUCAUGGCGGGGGCUGUUGUAGUUCAUACGUCCUUCAGCAACACGGACGCCAGAGAUGUUUACGAAAUAGUUUCAAUUGCUGAGUGCAAGGCGUUUUUGAUAGAUCCGGGAAGAAAAGAUGAAUAUGUAGAUAUGAUUUUACAACUUAUUGCACUCGUUCGUCGACAACAUCCUAGUAAAGACGGCACUGAGGAAGGCUUGGACGAUUUACCUUUGGUGUUGCUCAGAAAGAGCGAGCAUCUAACAUCCUAUGGUGAUCUUCCUGGGAUAUUACAGUUGAAUGAAAGCGAUGUUGAAUUCCCUACCCUCUACCCUGAGGAUGAAAUAGCAAUUUUCACGACGUCUGGAAGCACGGGAAAGCCUAAAAUGAUCCCUAAAACACAUUUUCAUGCAACCAACAAUCAUAUGAUUUUCCCUGGGAAAACAUACAACGAUCGACCAUUUGGUUGGGCAGCCGGAUCUCCCAUUUUCACAGUGUGCCAAGGGGAACCUAGAGUAUUUUGCGACUCAUCAGUCGCCACAGAAGGGCAUAACACUAUGAAAAUAUGGGACGUAAUCAAAGAAGAACAGUGCACAUCGGCAUUAUUGUUACCUUACUUUCUUUUAGAUCUGGUGGCUCACGAAAACAAUUACAAAGAUCCGUUCAAACUUGACGUGGUCAUCACAACUGGACAGCCGAUUAACAAUCUCCACACAAAGGUUGCUGGUAUAUUUACAAACACUCUGAAAUUUGGGUAUGGAUCAACCGAGACAUAUUGGAAUUCUGUACUUUCGCCCAUUGAUACUGCUGGUAAAAUAAAAGCUGGUGACGUAGGAACACCACUUCCAGGCGUUGAAAUCAAGAUCAUUGACAUAGAUGGAAACGUUUUAAGAAAAGGGGAGAACGGGGAACUUUGUUUACGCAGCGUAUGUGGUUUUGAGAAAUAUUACCAGAACACAGACUUAACUGACGAAGUCCUUUUGCCUGGGAAGUGGUUUCGUUCAGGCGACAUUGCGCAGAUAAAUGAACACGAUCAUAUCAUUAUCAAAGGCCGGAGCAAGGACUGUAUUUCUCGAGGUACAAGGAAAAUUCUGCCAAGUAGUAUCGAAGAAAUCGUUAUUACAAAGAAUGGUAUCAAAAAUGUGUUUGUGGUUGGUGUACCUGACAAACGUCUAUAUGAAGAAAUAUGCGUUUGUUACGUAACAGACCCACGGUAUGAAAUUUCCCCAACCGAUAUAAAACAGUUUUGCAUGGAGAAGUUCGUUGGGCACGAUGCCAUCGAUGGUCUUGGAGAAAUGCCAAAGUAUUUUCUCCGAUUCCAUAGUCUGCCAAUGCUGGAUAAUGGAAAGAUCGACAAAAGGCAGCUGAGAACUAAUGCCAUUCAGCAACUAGGAUUGACUGAUCAGAUGGAAGGUGAACUCUUAAUUUCAAAUGCCACUACCGAGAGAUGAAUGUUAUAGAUCUAGCGAUUAACUGAAAUUUUUUCUAGAUCAAUGAUAUCAAAACCUAUGGCUUUUGAACACCAUACACGACCAUGCCUCAUGAGAAAUUAAAGACUAUACUUUUUGACAUCAUAGACAGUUGCUUCUUCAACUAAAAUGGAAAAAAGGAAAUAUUCAUAUCUAGUGAUCAGUCAUCCGAAAUCUUACUUUGUUAAACACCAAUUUGAUCCCACGCACAAAUACUCUGAAGUUGAAACACAAAAUAUGCUAGAGUUCCUCAUUGACAAUACAUUCGUGGUCGUAAGUGAUCAGGUCUUCCAACAGUCUGUUGGAAUUCGCAUGAACACGAAGUGUGCUCCUUUGUUAGCUGGCCUGUUUCUAUAUUCAUAUGAAACAGAAUUUAUUCAAAAUUCAUAAAACAUUUCUUGCCGUGGCGUUCAAUUCGACAUUUAAAUAUAUGGAAGGCGUUUUGUCUAUUAACAAUAAUAACUUUCAUUAAUGUGUCGAUUCGAAAUAUCACUGUAAACUCGAAAUAAAAGACACAACAUAGUCGUCCACUUCU